AUGGAAGAGAAGGAGCAAGAGCAAAUUUCAAAUUGCUAUCUCGCCCACACCUGGGUGUCUGAGGACACGAUAGUCGUUGGCACUGACGCCGGCAGGCUCUUCCUCUUCGAGUCUGGAGAUCAGCGCUGGGAGACAAGUAUCGCGGUCAAGGAGCCCACCAGCGAGACCAAGAACCUGGGGGUGAUCCGGGAGUCUGAGAGCCUGAUCCAGUUUCCAACGCUCACUUCCCCAGUCCCUUCCUCCGAGCAGGUCACGAUGGCCAGCAGCCGCAGCCAGCUGUCCCCGCCCCAGGUGUUUGCCAUUGCAGCCUAUUCUAAGGGAUUUGCCUGUUCCGCCGGGCCAGGGAGGGUUCUGCUGUACGAGAAGAUGGACGACAAGGAGUCGUACCGUGAGAGCAGGGAAAUCCGGAACACUGCCUGGUGCAAGCAUCCAGGCGAGCAUCCAGGAACGUUUGUGGAAGAAAUGACACAGGCGGUGGAGGGAGAGCUUGUCUGUUUGGGGAAGAACCAGGAAGGCCUCAGGUGUUUGAGGCUCAUCUUUGAGGAGGGGUCGUAG